AGACGAUUGUCUCCCGGUAACGGUGUCUGUAAAGCAGCCUAAACCAUGUCCCUGCACGGGAAACGGAAGGAGAUUUACAAGUACGAGGCGCCAUGGACCGUCUACGCGAUGAACUGGAGCGUGAGGCCGGACAAGAGGUUCCGCUUGGCGCUGGGGAGCUUUGUGGAGGAAUAUAACAAUAAGGUCCAGCUGGUAGGACUGGAUGAAGAGAGCUCUGAAUUCAUUUGCCGAAAUACAUUUGAUCACCCGUAUCCUACAACCAAGCUUAUGUGGAUCCCUGACACCAAAGGAGUUUAUCCGGAUCUGUUAGCCACUAGUGGGGACUACCUGCGCAUCUGGAGGGUCGGGGAGACAGAGACCCGUCUAGAGUGUUUACUAAACAACAACAAGAACUCUGAUUUCUGUGCCCCCCUCACCUCAUUUGAUUGGAAUGAAGUAGACCCCAAUCUGCUGGGUACGUCAAGUAUUGACACGACAUGCACAAUCUGGGGUCUGGAGACUGGACAGGUCCUUGGAAGGGUCAAUCUGGUGUCGGGACAUGUGAAAACACAACUUAUUGCCCACGACAAAGAGGUCUAUGACAUUGCAUUCAGCCGUGCAGGAGGGGGUAGAGACAUGUUUGCCUCAGUAGGGGCAGACGGCUCUGUGCGAAUGUUUGACUUGCGCCACCUGGAGCACAGCACAAUCAUCUAUGAAGACCCCCAGCAUCAUCCAUUACUCCGACUGUGUUGGAACAAGCAGGACCCCAACUAUUUAGCAACCAUGGCCAUGGAUGGAAUGGAGGUGGUAAUCUUGGAUGUCCGGGUGCCCUGUACCCCAGUAGCCAGACUUAACAACCACCGUGCUUGUGUCAACGGCAUUGCAUGGGCGCCACAUUCAUCCUGCCACAUCUGCACUGCAGCGGAUGAUCAUCAGGCCCUAAUCUGGGAUAUUCAGCAGAUGCCAAGAGCCAUUGAGGAUCCCAUAUUGGCCUACACAGCCGAGGGAGAAAUCAACAAUGUGCAGUGGGCUAGCACCCAGCCUGACUGGAUUGCCAUUUGUUAUAACAACUGCCUGGAGAUCCUGCGAGUGUGACUCUAUUUAUUCCGUAUCCUUCUAGCCCACUCUUCCCGCCCCUUUCCUACAGGAUCUUCCGAUCCUCAAGCCCUACACUUUUUAUACAUCAAGCUCUCCUUCCUGUCAUUGGUCUAAGCCAGAAGAUGCUGAUUGGCUUUCACUACUAAACAUUAUUGUCAAGAUAAACUGUCGGUUUUUACAGUAAGUGAUGCAACUCUUUUACAUGAAGGAAUUAGUGUUGCUUAGUAAAUCAGGCCCUGGUUUCUAACCGACAACAUCAAAAAAAGGGGUUUCCCUUCCCUGGUCAGUCCCUUGUACUUUGCCCCGAGUGUAUUUCAGUUGUUGGGGGGGGGAUUAUGUGGGUGGGAUGGUAAGUAUUGUACUGUAAUAUUACAUGUGUGUAUACUAUCCACAUAUAUGUGUGUAUUUGUAGUGAUGAAAUGUUGUUGUUUCUAUAUAUUGUCUCAUAUUAAAGGAGUAUCCGCUUCCCUACA